AGUAAGAUGAAAUAAAUGGUGUAAAUAAAGAUGGUUUACUUUUAACUACGAACAAAACAAAACAAAACCGAAAAUUUACAAAAAAAAAACUAGUAGAAAUUCGACGAAACAAUAAGUUUAGUGAUACCAAAAGUAAACCAAAACUACCAACGGAAAUUAAUUUUAAUUUUGAUUAUCGAUAAGUUUAAGUUUGGAAUCGUGAGACGGGGCACACAUAUUAAAAGAAAAGUAGAAAUGGGUAGCAUUGAUGCAGCAUGUAUAUCUGGUUUUUUGUGUCGUCUGUGUUCAGAAAUGCAUCGAACUGUAAUUCAUAUAUACGGUGAUCAGGGGCAAAAAUAUGAUUUGGCCGGAAAAAUUAACGCUUAUCUACCUGUAACAAUCAAACCGAGCGAUCCACUCCCCAAAACCAUUUGCAAAUCGUGCAUGAAACGGGUUCAACAGCAUCACGAACUAAUGAUUAAGAUCCAAAGACACAAGAAUGUCUUCAACAAUAGCGCAACAAGACUCAACCGAUUGACUGAAACUGAAACGGAAUCGCCGAUGGUGACGACCACAACAGCGGCGGCAACGGCGGUAGCGGUGGUAACGCGACAAAGUUCCACCAAUUGCGAUAAUAUUGAAAGUAGCGAGUCACCUGCGACCUGCUAGUUUUGUUUAGGCUCAUUUUUUGUUCUCACAUUUCUUUUAGUUCUAAUUGUAAUAAUUGUCUCUCUCAAAAAAUAAUGUACGCAAAAAACAAAACAAAAACAAAAUAGGAAUGAAACACAGAGAUUUCGUUUUGUUUCGGUGAAUAAUAAAAAAAAAAUAUUAUGUAUAAUUCAGAAUGAUGAUGACUGUAAUUUAGAAAA